AUGGCUCAGAAAUCGCCAACUGCCAAUGCUAUUGUCGUCGAAGGCAAAACCUUCUCCCUUAACGGCAAAAAUGUUUCCUACCGAUUCCACGUUGACGAGACCACCGGUGAUCUGCGCUCCGAUCACUUCGGCGGCAGCGUCAGUGGGCCUAUUCCGGACGAUCCAGCUCCCAUAAUCAAUGGCUGGACCGGUAUGCCUGACCGCGUUCGACGCGAGUUCCCGGACCAAGGCCGCGGAGACUUUCGGGUCCCUGCAGUUCUAAUCCGCCAGUCACAGGGACAUACUGUUUCGGCUUUCCGGUAUGAUUCCCAUACCGUGGUGAAGGGAAAGCCUGCGCUUCCUGGCUUGCCGGCGACGUUUGGUACAGAGGAGGAUGUCUCGACGCUGGUGGUGCAUUUGUAUGACCAGCAUAGCGAGGUGGCAGCAGAUCUAAAGUACUCCAUAUUCCCAAAUUACGACGCCAUUGUGCGGAGUGUGAGCAUCACGAACAAGGGCAAGGGCGCGAUCUCGAUCGAGGCAUUGUCUAGUACGAGUGUGGAUUUACCAUGCGAGGAGUUUGAUAUGAUCGGUCUCAGAGGGGACUGGGCGAGAGAAGCGCAUCGGCAGAGGCGCAAGGUGGACUAUGGCAUACAGGGAUUUGGAAGUACAACAGGGUUCUCGUCCCACUUGCACAACCCCUUCGUAGCUCUGGCGCAUCACUCUACUACCGAGUUCCAGGGCGAGGCCUGGGGAUUUUCACUGGUAUACACCGGCUCCUUUGCUGCCAAUGUCGAAAAAGGCUCGCAGGGAUUGACACGUGUGUCUAUGGGUUUCCAUCCAAACCAGCUAUCCUGGCCCUUAGCUCCGGGGGAAACCCUCACCUCUCCCGAGUGUGUAUCGGUAUACUCAAGAAACGGGCUAGGAGGCAUGUCGCGCUCUCUGCACCGCCUGUAUCGCAAUCACCUUAUGAGAAGCAAGUUCGCUACGGACAACCGACCGGUCCUACUGAACAGCUGGGAGGGGUUGUAUUUCGACAUCAACGAGGAGAACAUGUACCGCAUGGCACAGGAAUCCGCUGCUUUGGGUGUAAAGCUCUUCGUCAUGGACGACGGGUGGUUUGGCGACAAAUACCCUCGAACUUCAGACGCAGCCGGUCUGGGCGACUGGAUUCCCAAUCCAACACGAUUUCCUAAUGGGCUUGAACCCCUCGUGAAAGCCAUCACCUCCUUGAAGGUGGCCAACUCGUCUGAGAAUCUUCGCUUCGGUAUCUGGGUUGAGCCAGAAAUGGUGAACCCAGAAUCAGGCCUAUACCACGAACACCCGGACUGGGUGCUCCACGCAGGCUCAUACCCACGCACCGAACAACGCAACCAGCUCGUGCUGAAUCUCGCUCUACCCGACGUACAAGAGUUCAUUAUCGAAGCCAUCACCAACAUCCUGAACAGCGCAGACAUCAGCUACGUAAAAUGGGACCACAACCGGGCUAUCAACGAGACGCCCUCCCCCGCCGCAAACCACGCCUACAUGCUUGGAAUGUACCGCGUCUUCGACGCCCUCACCUCACGCUUCCCCGACAUCCUCUGGGAAGGAUGCGCCUCUGGUGGCGGGCGCUUCGACCCGGGAAUCCUACAAUACUUCCCCCAGGUCUGGACAUCAGACGACACCGACGCCGUGGAACGCAUCUUCAUCCAGAUGGGCACCUCUCUCGUCUACCCGGCCAGCGCAAUGGGCGCGCAUAUCUCCGCGGUGCCGAACCACCAAACAGGGCGAGCGGUCCCGCUUACAUUCCGCGCGCACGUUGCAAUGAUGGGCGGAUCGUUCGGGCUUGAGCUCGACCCGCUGAAGAUGCGCCCUGAGGAGAAAACUGCGGUUCCGGAGCUGAUUGCGUUGGCGGAGAAGGUCAACCCGAUCGUGCUGAAAGGCGAUAUGUGGAGGCUUAGUCUGCCUGAGGAGUCGAAUUGGCCUGCUGUGCUGUGUGUCUCGGAAGAUGGAGCCAAGGCGGUCUUGUUCUACUUCCAGCUUAGCCCGAAUAUUAAUCAUACCAUGCCGAGGGUGAGAUUGCAGGGGCUGGAUCCGCGGGCGAUGUACCGUGUCGAUGAGCAGGGACCGUAUUCGGGCGAUAUGCUGAUGAACCUUGGAUUGCAGUAUUCGUUUAGCACGGAUUAUGCUAGCAAAGUUGUGCUCUUGGAAAGAGUCAACAUGAUGUGA